AUAUAUGACAGUUUUAUUGUUGUUUACUAUUGUUGAAACCAACCAAUACAACUUGUUAAUCCUAUUCAUAAAGAGUUCGAUUGAAAGAGAGUCAUAAAUAUAUUUGACAAUAUGUUGACAUUGACUACGAAUGAUUUCAUUUCAAAAUGGCGGACGAUAGGCCUAUCGGACGAUAAUAUAAUUCUUCAAAACUUGAGGAAAUAAUAUAUCACAGCAUGUUUCGCGAAUUUAAAGAAGAGAAACUGGUACCAAGAAGUCGAGAGAAUGUCCAAACGUGUCACGAUGAUCUGAUAAAGACGCAUCAUGAUGAUUAUAGCAGUGAUGAAGAUUUGCCAUAUGCUGAGGUCAAUCUUAACCAUGUUGUUGGUAAACAGAUGGUCAUAUGGUCGUACAAGAUGCCAGAUACGUUGGCCAUAUAUACUCCGUUGGCGGGAGACGAUGUUCGUCGAUUAACAGAAUUCGUGAAAACAAAUCUUCAAUUCAAUAAUGACACUGAUAAGUUAAUGGUGUUGAAGCCUAAGCGGAGUCGACCGGUGAAUAUCAUAGAUAUCUACAGGAUUAAGCAUGGAUCCUGCAUCACUGUCAUGCCAAAAUGUGAUCCUACCAUUACUCUGGAGGCCAAACAGUUAAAUGCUAAAUAUGAUCUUGUUCUUAAUACCAAUACCACUGUUCGGGAACUCAAACUGUUCCUUCAAAACCAGAAAGGUUAUCCUUUCGACAGGAUAGAAAUGUUAUACAAAGAUGCACCUUUGCUUAAUGACCGUCAUUUGUUCGAGUAUAAAAUUGGACACAAGUCUCGAAUAUUUGUGAUGUUACAUUUGUACUAUGAUAUGUUGGUGCACAUUGAGUGUUUCUGGGGACAAACGUAUCAUAUUUAUGUGGACCCGUGUAUGACGAGUAUGAAUAUCAUCUAUAUGAUACUUAGACGAACAGUGAGUCCGAAUCUUAAAAACGUCCAAGCUUUGUUUGAGUUGUACCUACCUAAGCAUCAAUUAGCGCUUUAUAACGGUAAAUCUCAUAUGAAAUGGCACGAUUGUCUGGGAAAUUAUGGAGUUUUGGAAGGAAGCAUCUUGAAGCUCAUAUCUCUUGGUAUCCAGAACAAGCUUGGACUUCAGAACAUUCCAGUUACUUUGGAUGAUGGACUUACACAUGUUGUAACCGUCUCUCAAUAUGACUGCUGGGCUAUCGUAGCUCUCAAAGUUCAUGGAAUAUCCAGAAUCCCAAUAAACAUUAUUCGCUUAUAUAAAGAUGGCAAGGAGAUCGAUUUUUCAGAAACUGUUGGUUUCUCGUUCAAGAGAAACAUUGGUCCUCGUAUCUCAGCUUCAGCGUUACAAGCUCAAAUAGAUCCAGAUACUCUCUAUGGUAUAGAGCUUACCAUUGAUCUUGGUUCGGGAAUUCAAGAAGUGAUACGGUGCUCGGCCUCGAGAACCAUCAAAAAGGUGAAAGAACGUCUUCAGGACAUGGGAGUACCAAAUGCUACAGUUUAUGAUUUAUAUUCACAAGAUACAAAACUACCGAACUCUGGAAAAAUUGUUGACGUCAUUGACGAUCCUAGAAUUCCUUUGAAGCUGAAGCUCAAACGAUAUCCAGUGUACAUUCAUACUCCAAAAACAGUAAUUUACAAAAUGUUUGCUCACGCUCAUGAAAGUUUAGCUACGUUUAAAGUUCGAAUACAAAUGAAAACAGGACUAUCUGUAAAACAUUAUCAGUUAAUGGUAGCUGGUAGGGUUAUAACGUCAAGUGAUGACAAGUCGGUGUUUCAUUCAGCUAUCGGUAUCAAAAUGUCUGUUUUCUUGAUACCACUGGAAAAAAUUCACACAUUUAUAGUUCUAUAUAAUGACUGGCUUGUUAAAAUCCCGAUACCGUAUAACCCUAUAUACUCUCAAAUUAAAGAGGCUCUGUGGGGAGAAUCCCAAAUUCCAGAUGGUUGCAUGUAUUCUAUUACAAACUUUCUCAUGUGGUUCUUCCAGAAAACAGACAGACGACGUCGACAUUUUAAAUCGAAGCGAACGUUUGAUCCGCUGGCUAUUGGAGGGCCGUUAGAAACAGUCAGAUUACCUGAAGUUCAGCAAGACCAGAUGAAAGAAUUGAGACAGGAGAAAAAGAAUAAGUCAGUUGUAAAGAUACACGGACGCCAUGUCCGAAAUUACUUUCCAUUUAAACCUGAUGUAAUUACUAUGGAAACUGCUGCCCUCCUUUCCCAAAGAUAA